CUGGGUGGAACGGAAGGGAGUGUCAGACUUUUACUGACUAAAACCCACCUCGUUCCUUCAGUUGCCCUUUGCGUUCCGGGGCCACGGUAUCUCGUUAGAACUUUCCCGCAGCCCCGGCUCAGUUUAUCCCGUUUAACCCUUGGGGGUUGACAUUUCAAAAAUCCCUUCUUAGUGCUCACUUAUGUUACUAAAGGAACCUCUGUUCAAAAUCUCAGACUCCUAUACCGAGCGGUUUCGGCUGUGCGUUAAUAAAUCAGUCACCCAAUCGCACCCCCUAAAUCACGAUUGGAGGGUAGUUUGAAAAAACUUAUUAUGUCAAACAUAUUUACUUGCCUAUGUACGUGUUCAUGCCAAGUUUCAAGUUUAUAAACCCAAGGAAAAAGAUUUUUCAUAGAAACGUUUUUACCCCUUUUCCCCCCCUUGGGGGUUGAAUUUCCAAAAAUCCUUUCUUAGUGCUCCCCUACAUAUCCCAAGGAACCUACAUUCCAAAUUUCAGCUGUCUACGACCAGUAGUUUCGACUGUGCGUUGUCUGUCAGUCAGUCACUCAGUAACGGAAGAGUUUUAUAUAUAUAGAUUUAAUUAAACAUAGUAGGUAUUAUGUUUAAGUAGGUACUAACCUACAAUAAAUAAUGUAUGUAUGUUGUAACGGAGGAUGACCCGAAUUCGGAAAGGUUAAAUUACUCGUAGGUAUGUAUUCCAAAUUUCUUCAUACGGUAGCGAGACUGAAAUAAAAUAUAAUUAAAUUGCUCUAAGCUUUAAGAACAAUAAACAUUCCAGUAUAGAUCUAUUUCCCUUGCGGGGUAGGCAGAGUCAACAGUCUUGAAGAGAGUAAUAGGCCACGUUUAGCUGUUUGGCUUUAUGAUAGAAUUGAGAUUCAAGUUGUGAGUUGUUGUGGGAAAGGAGGAAAUUGUGUUCUUGGACGUCCCCGUCCUAACGAAUACUCAUUUUGUUGCUUUCUCUUCACUACUGAACCUAUCUUUUUGAUAUUUCGCGUUCAAAGCUAACAGUCUGGAGAAGGACAUGGACACGAUUGAUUUGAGAGGUAACAAAUAAUUAAACCAACUUUACAUGGGUAAUAUUAGUUGAAACAAGGACGUGAUAUAUGUAUGUAUGUGUGGAGAGAGUUUGCCGCACGGCGCGGUCCCGUCCGCUGCGGCAGACAUGUGGCUGGCGCUGGCGGCGGCGGCGGCGCUGGCGGCGAGCGCGGCGGGCGGCGGCGCGGCGCGGGCGGAGGUCCGCGGCGCCGUGCGGUUCGGCGCGCUGUUCGCCGUGCACGGCGCGCCCGCGGCGGCGGUGGCGGGCGCGCGCUGCGGUGCCGUGCGGGAACAUUACGGAAUCCAGCGCGUAGAGGCGACGCUGCGCGCGCUGGACGCCAUCAACGCGGACCGGCAGCUGCUGCCGGGGCUGGCGGUGGGCGCCGAGCUGCGCGACUCGUGCUGGGCCGCGCCCACGGCGCUGCGGCAGACCAUCGACCUGGUGCGCGACGCCAUCGCGCCGCCCGACCACGCCAGCGCCGAGCGCGUUUGCUUAGCGGAGACGCCCGGGCCGGCCGCGGCGGCCCCGCUCCUGGGCGUGCUGGGGCCGGGAGCCAGCGCCGCCGCCGUGCAGGUGCAGAAUCUGCUGCAGCUCUUCUCCAUCCCGCAGGUGUCGUACUCGGCCACCUCGCGGGAGCUGUCGGACCGCGCGCGGUUCUCCACGUUCUUCCGCAUGGUGCCGCCGGACCAGCACCAGGCGCGGCUGCUGGUGGCGCUGCUGCGCGCCCACAACUGGACCUACGUGCACGCCGUCCACACCGACGAGAGCUACGGUCAGAGUGGAAUGGCAGCAUUCCGCGAGGAGGCGGCGCGGGGCGGCGUGUGCGUGGCGCGGGAGGAGGCGCUGCGCGGCGCGCCGUCCGCGCGCGAGGUGGACGGCGCGCUGCGGCGGCUGGCGGCGGGCCCGCGCGUGGCCGUGUGCUGGUGCGAGGGCCGCACGGCGCGCGCGCUGCUGCAGGGCUUGCAGCGCCGGGCGGAACUUGCACAGGCAUCAGGGGAAUCGCCACCCUUGCUCCGACUAGUAGGCAGCGACGGCUGGGCGGACCGGCGCGACGUGGUGGCCGGCCUCGAACCCGCGGCCCGCCUCGCGCUCACCCUGCGCAUCAGAUCGCCGUACCUACACGAUUUCGACCGCUACUACCACGCGCUCACGCCACACAACAACAAGAGGAACCCCUGGUUUCAGGAAUUUUGGGAACAGAAAUUCAACUGCUCGUUGGAGACCGAACCGGCGGCUGGUGUUCGGAAAUGCACGGGAUCAGAAUCGCUCACCAGCGGCUACACGCAAGAGCCCAAGCUAGCGCUGGUGGUGCGCGGCGUGUAUGCGUUCGCGCACGCGCUGCACGACAUGCGCCGCGCGCUGUGCCCCGCCAGCCGCGAGCCGCUCUGCGCCGCCAUGCUGCCCUUCAACGUUACUCUGUAUCGGCGACAUCUGGCCAGGGUCCGCUUCCGCGCCCCCGACGGAGGACUUGUCGCCUUUGACGACAACGGAGACCCUCCCCCUGAACUAAGUGAAUACGACGUGAUGAACUUGGUGAGUGACGGCGCUGGCGGGUGGCGGUACGUGCGCGUGGGCAGGUGGCGGCGCGGCGCGCUGCGGCUGCGAGGGGGCGACCACGCGGCCGCCAGACGUGCGGCCGGCGUGCGCGGCGCGUGCGGCGCGGCGUGCGCGGCGGGGCAGUGGCGGCGCGCGGGGCGGGGCCGCGCGCGCUGCUGCUGGACGUGCGAGAGCUGCCCGCCGCUCGCCGUCGUCGCGCGCCCCGACAGCGGCUGCCGGCUGUGCCCGCCGGGCCACCGGCCUGACCUCACAAGAACACAUUGCUUACCAUCACCAAUCGAAUGGGGAAGCGGAGGUAGAUGGGCGCGCUCGGUGGCGGGCGCUGCCGGCGCCAGCGGCCUGGUCGCGGUGGCGAUGUGCGCGACCACGUUCUGGCGUCACAGGAACACGCCAGUCGUGAAGUCAGCUUCAAGGGAGUUGUGCGUGAUGUUGCUCUGCGCAGCGGCGGCUUGCCACGUGGCGGCGCUGGCGGCGGCGGCGCGGCCGGCGGCGGUGCCGUGCGCCGCGGUGCGGGCGGCGGCGCCGGCCCUGGGCGGCGUGUACGCGGCGAUCCUCGCGCGGACGUUACGCGUGGCUCGGCUCGUGGCGGCGGUGGAGAAACGACCGACUUCACGCCCUAGGUUGCUCUCGUCUCGCGCUCAGGUGUGGAUGUGGGUAUGCCUGAGCUCUCCCGGCGCAGUGCUGGCGGCGUGGGCGGCGGCGCGCUGGCCGCCCGGGACGGUGCUGCUGCACCCGGGGCGCGCCCGCGCCGUGCUGGCGUGCGGCGGGGAGCGCGCCGAGGCUCAGCUGCCGCCGCUGGCGCCUGCACUGCUACUGCUUGCAGCCUGUGUGAUACUCGCUAUUCGCACUCGUCGUUUGCCACACAACCUGAACGAGACGCGCUUCGUGGGCGCGGCGGCGUACGCGACCGGCGUGACGUGGCUGGCGUUCUUCCCGCUGUACGCCGCCGCCGAGGCGCGCACGGCCACGCUCGGCGCGUGCGCGUCCCUCUCGGCAGGCGCGUGCGUGCUGCUGUCGCUCGGCCCGCGCGUCUUCGUGUGCUUGUUCCGCCCUGCGCGCAACACGCGCCAGCAUUUCCUAACCGCCACUUCGAUUCGAUGCCAUCUCGGAAAAUAUCGCCCUGACAAUCAAGAGCAAGCUAACGUCGCGUGCGCCACCUCCCCGCCAAAACAGAAAGUAUCAGCAUCAGCAGCGGUGCAAACCGAGGAGACGAGAGAGGCGUGCCGUGAGGAGAGUUGCGCGGCGGCAGGCGCAUGCGCGCGGGUGUUACGCACGGCCGGCGCGCGCGCCGACGGCGAGGAGUACUCCGACGUGCUGAUCGUGCUGAUGCAGCACCACCACACGAUACCCCCCGGCAUUACCGACCUGCACUGACUUUAUUCCGUGCCACCCGCAUAAUUAACUACUACU